UUUUUUUUAUUUGCGCUCUCUUCGCGAUGGCGCUCUCUCUCUCUCUCUCUCGGAUCCUCGAUCGGUGAUGGAAGCUGCUCAGAUCGCGGAUUAUCGUUUGGUGCUCGCUGGUAUUGCGUUGGAAUCCAGUCCUUUGUUCUAGGGCAGGGGCGGUUGCGGAUUCCUCCAAGAUCGUCGUCUCUGUGAAUGAGCAGUGGAAAUGCACGGGGAAAUGCUCUUGGGGAGAGGGUUUGCGGCUGGGGGGCAUUUGGCAGCCAUGGGAAGGCUUCUGCAGAGUGGAAGUAAUUUGGAUCCUUCACCAGAGCGCUGUAGAUCAUUGUUGGUGCCGGAGGACAGCGGAGUAGAUGUAGAGAAUGGUGGCAAGAGAACUAUUCCAAGAUCAAGAAACGGAAUGCUAGGCGAAGACAUGGACGAUGCAGCUCCGCUCGACUCGGGGGUAUCCAUGUCCGAUAUGCAAAUGGGAAGCUUUUCUACAUUAAAAGCAGUAAAACGAGCUGAAGUGGGAGGGACGGGUCCAAAGGUUGGGAGGCCACGAAAACUAUCGGUGUACAAUCCAAGAGAGAUGAGCGACGGUAAUCCUGGAGAAGAUUGCUUGGUAGCGGGCCCAAGUGCUGUUUCACAUUCCGAAGGUUUGUCUUCAUCCGGAAAACGGCGAAAGCAGCAUCUGCCGUUCACUGUCGAUGACCUGGAUAUCAUGUGUGGAGUACCGUCACCUCGAUCUGGAGCUCCUUGCAGGCAACCAUUGACAUGUAAAUCACAUUCAAUUUCAAGUAAACGAGCUGUUACUGGUCGGAGAAAACCUUUUGAUGCGUUGCUUCAAGAUUUUAAGGACAAUAACUCGCGAAAGUCACAGCAAGCAGACAUUCCAAGACCGUUGGCGACCAAAGUUUACUGUUCGGGUCACAGCCAACGGAUGCGUGCAGUGAUUACCAGUCUGUACCGAGAGUCCAUCUCAGGACGGUCAAGUUUGCCACAAAACGAGCAAACUCUCGCUUUGGAUGCUAACCCGCAGCAGCAGCAGCAGCAACACGCGCUUAUGAGCCUAAACAAGGGAUUUCAAUGACACAGGUUAGAACAACGGAAGGUGGUGAUAAAGUAGAGGUGGUACUUUACGCAGCAGCACAUUUGCCAGCAUUUACUGCUCGCCGCCUGUCCGGGUAUUCAUUGCAGCGAAAUCAACAGGCAGCGCACAGCGGCCCAAUUCACGUUGCGCGAUCAACUCUCCCGUUUGAAAAUCCGGAUUUUACUGGCGUUUAAGGCCGUUUGAGUAGCUAUAUUUCUGCGGGGCCGUCGCUACUUCCCUCUGGUGGUUACCAGUAGCAGUCUACAUUUUCAAAGCGUUCAUAGAAAGGGCCUGGUGCGCGACGCCAGCUUUCGUCUAGUUCUUCAAGGAUGGGAGUACUGGGAGGCGAUGCUCAUGUUCCAAUCGGGAGCCAAGUUAGUCCCGGGAGUGUAGUGGUGACGAACAACGAGAGCUUUGGACACAGGAAGCUGCUCAAAGGGGUGGAUUUCCUGGUCCGGAUCAAGGCCUUUGCCUUCUGCCUUGCUGUGAUCGUGCUGCUCAAGAACAACGUCCAGACUACCGUCAUCGCUCCUGGGAUAGUUUUGCAAGCGAAAUACAACAACACCAAAGCCCCAGUCUCACUGCUCGUCUUAGCAUCCAUUUGCUGUGGCUAUGCUUUCCUCCAGGCAGUCGUAUCGUUGCUAUCGUUUAUAAGAGACAAGAGGGUGCUUAACAACACGGUGCUCGCUUGGCUCACCUUUCUUCUGGACCAGGUUUUAACAUAUUUGCUACUGGGGUCUGCCGCGGCCACGGCAGAGGCUGCGUACAUCGCCAAGAGAGGCGAGGACAAAGUCCAGUGGAAGGCGGUGUGUGGGCCUUUCAAGAGAUUUUGCGACCACUUCGCCGCCACCGUGUUCCUCUCCUUCAUUGCCGUCAUUGCCUUCGCCGUGUCGGCUGCUAUCUCGGCCUACUAUCUCUUCAGGAGGAGCAAAGGCUUCAAGUAAAUUUACAGCAGACUAUGGAAGCAGCAGCAGUGUAGAUUUUUUCUCUCUUUCUUUUCUCUUGUCCCUUUGACGAACUAGCUAAAGAAAUGAAAGAAGAUACAGUGUUCCAUUC